AUGUCACAGAAAUUAUGCACAUUGAAUUUUACUCUUAGUGGAAAACAGGACGGUUUGACCAUCAGAGAUGUCCAGCUUUGGGGUAACCAGCCCGUGGUCAGUAAAUCAAUUCCAGAGUGGAGGGGACAAUUUGUCCGAUAUGUUGAUCUUGGAAAGCUCCCUUUGUGGAUUCGCUUCAAAGAUAUGAACACCUGUAGAUGUUAUAGUACUAGUGCAACCACACAGGCGUAUUUCAAAACAAAAUUAAGAAAUGCAAGUAGAGGGAUUGUCAUUGAACUCACCGACAGGAAUGAUCAGCGGUCACAGGAGUCUGUAUAUUUAGUCAUAUACCGAGAGAAUGCAGAAUUAAACUGCUUCCAGAUUGACCUAACAAUGAAACAUGAGUUUGAUAACCAAGUUUCGAAAUUGAAACAAGAGAUUGGCAAAACAAGGGCGUCCGUGUCGAAAGAAGGUAGUAUUGAUAUAAUUAUACAGCAAUCUCAACAAAGAAAGAUUGGAACGAAAACUAAAGUGUAUCGCAACGUCCACAUUAACGAUAAGCGCCUCCUGUUCAGUGAAACAUUAUCCAAGCUGAUUUUAGGUGGCCUUCGACUUCGAGGCAUUCCUAAUUCCACUGCAGACUUUCAAAAGUUAUACAAGACAACAUUUGAUGCGGCUGAAUUCACACACAGAGAUGAAUUAAAGCGCAUUUCGAUGGGAUCAGGUGAAGACGUCUCAUUCGAGUCAUUGCAGGAGACGGUGGAAACCUUGCUGAAGCUGUUUACCAAAUCAUGA